UCACAAUUUGAUUAAUUGCUGUGCCCUCCCCCGCCAGUCACGCUGCGCGCUCUCCCUCCCUCCGGCCUGGAACUCAGCCUGCCUCACCACUGCUGUUGCUCCCUCCACGGACUUGCCCGCGCCAACUGACGAACGCUCAUCCAGCAAUCGCAUCUCCCCAACGGCCUCGACAGGUGAUGCCUCGUCCCCUCGGGCGCCGUAACUCGGCCUCGUUCCAUCGUUUGGCUUAUCAACGACGUGCACACCCCCAGUCCAGCGAAUCAGCAGCCGACUGGAAAUUGGUGUGGAACACCUCGGUUUCUUCUUUUGAAUGCGAGCGGAGAAGCGACCGGCGACCCUCGGCCAAUUGCAGUCUGGCCCUGGUGCGAUUGUGACAGUCUGGUUUGAACCGAAAAAGUUGGCUGCGGCGCGAGAAAGAAGGAUUGACUCGCUUGCCUCCCCGUCCUCGUCUUCGGCCCCACUGCGUGCGCAUCCCGUCCAGCCACUUGGGGGAUGGAUGCACCCCAUGCCCAAUUUGUUAAAAGAAAGAAUUGCGGUCUCAACUGGGCCUAUGAGCUUCCGUCUCCAUCGUUUUGAUUGCGCUCGAGCCGUCGCCUUCAUUUUGAGCAAGAUCAGCAGAGGCACUGCCAGAGCAGCAAGAGGAUCUCUUGAGUCUGUGACUGUGAACACAACACACGGCAAGGUCGAUCAGAAUCAAUUCCCCGGGCUGGGACCCUGCCAAACGAGGAUUUGUGCCACCCCGACCCUUGGUAGUGCCACCUCUACUGUCGCGGUGGACUUUCCUUCACGACAGCGAUGGAAGACAAAGGAAAGACUGACCAACCAGACCGGAGUAAUAAUCAUUCAACAUUAUACCUCGCUAUAUCAACGGCUGUUAUUGAUUGGGGGUUUGGAUAUGCAAAAUGGCGACGCUGGCGAGCCAAGGCCCAGGAUUGCCAGGUUUGGGUUGGACCUGUUCAACAUUGUCUCGACCGGUCAGUUUGUUCCUUGCGGCCUACUGCAGGAACAAAUGCGGAGAGCGCGCAGCCUUGCAGGCUUGCAGCAGCCAAGGCUCUUGUCGGAACAUCGCAUCCACACAACAGACCCAAUGUAGAGUCUGGUCAUGGUCAAAUUGCAGGUUGUCCUCACCACCGACUGCUAAAAUCGGAGGGAACGGCUAGAAGCCAAUAGCAAGGUUGCUCAAAAACGCGCCGCCGAGCGCAGUCCCGGUCGACAGGGAAAACUGUCGUUACGCAGCGUCAAUUCCUGGGAUCUCGCUAUUUUGGUUGAUUCCCUUUCGCCUCUUGCCCAAUAAGACACAUUCCGGGCUUGCUUACAGCCUGCUCAAG